CAGACAUUCUGCUUUCUCUCUCAGUCACUCACUCACAGCUCUUUCUAAAACCCAAAGAUCUCUCUUUCUCAGAUGCUAAAAUCUUUCUAUUUUUCAAGAAUAAAAGCAAAAGAUGGGGAGUGAAACAUUUCAUUUCUAGCUUUUUUUUCCCAAUUUCACAGGGUUACACGUUCUGCUGUUUCGUUGCUGAGAAACUGCUGGAAAGGGAAGAUGAACCAAGUUUAAGUGUUGGGGUUUUAACUGAUAUAAGGACUUUAGACGCCUUCUAAUUCAAGUUCCAUUUACACAUUGCUGUGGUUUACAUUCAGUGGAAUACAAGUUUUUAUCCCAAAAUGGUUAUUGGUGUAAAUGCAAAGAACAAGAAAGGUGCCUCAGUUCAUGUGACUUAUCUAAUCCACAUCCAAGAUAUUAAGCCUUGGCCCCCAUCUCAGUCUUUGAGAUCUCUUCGCUCGGUCCUGAUUCAGUGGGAAAAUGGCGGGCGCAAUUCUGGGUCUACUGAUGCUGUUGUUCCUUCAAUUGGCUCAAUUGUUGGUGAGGGAAAAAUUGAGUUCAAUGAGUCUUUUAGAUUACCUGUGACUUUGGUAAGGGAAACGUCUGGCAGAGGCAAGGAUGGUGAUUCAUUCCAGAAGAAUUGUUUAGAAUUCAACUUAUGUGAACCUCGAAGGGAUAAGAUCCAGUUGCUAGCAAAUGCUGUAAUAGACUUAGCUGAUUAUGGUGUUGUCAAGGAGGCAAUAACUGUAAGUGCUCCAAUGAACAGCAACAGAAGCUUUAGGAACACUUCUCAGCCAAUUUUGUAUAUAAAAAUCCAGCCAGUUGAUAAGGGUCGCACAAGCUCCUCCUCAUCAAGCGACAAUCUAUUGAAAGUUUCACAGGACAAGAAUGGCGGAGAAUCAGUUUCAGCAUUUAUGAAUGAAAAAUAUGCUGAGGAAGCUGAGGUUGCCUCCUUAACUGAUGAUGAUGGCUCCUCACACUCAUCUAUAACCAAUGGGGGUUUGCGUCCUCAAAAUGAAGAGAAUGGACCAGCCAGAUUUACAGAAAGCAAAGGAGGGAUUAAUGGGGAGCAGGCUUUUGCUUCUGGACUUGGCAUUGAAAAACACAUCGCAUCACAAGAAAAUCUGAAGGAAAUUUCAUCUUGCUCGUCUUCUGUAGAUUUAUCUUCUGAUAUUGGGAGCCCAGUAAAUGCUCGUACUUCUGUUUUGGACUCACCUGAUUCUAGUUCAAUGUCAAUGCCAAAAACUGACAUUUCUGAUAGUGUUCAUUCUUCUUCUCUCGUCUUCAAUAAUGAAAGUAAAGAGAAAGAGGCAAGCACCAACAUGAAAAACAAUGGCCAUCAUGAUUUUGCGCAGGAGGUUGAUGAAGAGGUCAUCAAUGACUCAUUAAAACUCAGAGGUGAUAUGAACCAAAUGAGAGCUGUCCAAAAUACAACUAAUAAUGAUGUUUGUAAUAGUUCUAUCGGGGUUGCAAAUGGUCAAAAUCUAGAAGAGAAGAGGCAUUUCAGAGAAGAUGAACCAUUAGAUGCAUUUCCACAAGAUGGUACCAGAAAUGAAGACUCAUUCGGAACCGAUACAGUUUCUUCAAGUGGGAGCUUUGAAAUGAAAGGAAAUACACUCAAAAUUGAUAGAUUAAAGCAUGUGAAAUCUGUUAGGUCGUCAUCAGACUCGACUAGGGUCAAUGGAUCGGUUAGCAGAAAUCAUCACGAUGAAUUGAAGGAAGUUGGGGCCUUGGCAGAUGUUGAAAAUUCUGCAGGAAGCUUGAAAGUUAAUGAAUGGAAAAAUGCUAAGGUUUACCCACAAGAUGCCAGAACAUCCAUUUUGAAUGGAAAAAUCCAGCAAUUGGAACACAAGAUAAAGAUGCUUGAGGGAGAGUUGAGAGAAGCUGCUGGUAUUGAGGUUGCUCUUUACUCAGUUGUUGCUGAGCAUGGAAGUUCAAUGAGUAAGGUACAUGCACCAGCACGACGCCUUUCUAGGUUAUAUCUUCAUGCUUAUAGAGAAAGUUCCCAACCAAGGAGAGGCAGCGCAGCUAAAAGUGCUGUUUCAGGACUAGUACUGGUCGCAAAGGCAUGUGGAAAUGAUGUCCCUAGGUUGACAUUUUGGUUAUCAAACUCUGUUGUACUGAGAGCAAUUAUUAGUCAAGCAACAAGUGACAAAGAGCCAUCUUCUGCUGGACAACGUAUGGAGAGGAAUGGUGGUGGAAAGGGAAACAAGAUGACGUCAUCUAUACUGAAAUGGAGGGAGUCACCUUCCAGCAGAAAGGAAAAUAAGAGUGGUAUUUAUGGAGACUUGCGUGACUUGGACGACCCACAUGCAUUUAUGUCUGCACUGGAAAGGGUGGAAGCUUGGAUCUUUUCCCGAAUUGUUGAGUCUAUAUGGUGGCAGACUCUUACACCACAUAUGCAAUCGGCCGAUAUGAAAGCAAUUGAUAAACUCGUUGGUUCUGGUUCAAAGAAAAGCCUUGGAAGGACAUCGAGUUCAUGUGAUCAGGAUCAAGGAAACUUUUCAUUAGAACUCUGGAAGCAGGCAUUCAAAGAUGCCUGUGAGAGACUUUGUCCAGUUAGAGCUGGUGGACACGAGUGUGGCUGUUUGCCUAUGCUGGCCAGACUGAUAAUGGAGCAAUGCGUGGCUAGAUUAGAUGUGGCAAUGUUCAAUGCCAUUCUUCGUGAAUCCGCUGAUGAGAUCCCAACUGAUCCAGUUUCUGACCCUAUCAGUGAUCCAAAGGUUCUUCCUAUUCCAGCUGGUAAAUCAAGCUUUGGGGCUGGAGCACAACUGAAAAAUGCGAUUGGCAACUGGUCAAUGUGGCUGACUGACGUGUUUGGGAUGGAUGAUGAUUUACUUGAAGAUGACAAUGACAAAGACAACAAUGAUGACAGACAAGACACAACCUUUAAGUCUUUCCAUCUCCUUAAUGCUUUGAGUGAUCUCAUGAUGCUCCCGAAGGACAUGCUUCUGAGUAGAUCCAUAAGAAAAGAGGUAUGCCCUACAUUUGGUGCUCCAUUGAUCAAGAGGGUUCUUGAUAAUUUUGUCCCUGAUGAGUUUUGCCCUGACCCUAUUCCAGAUGUUGUGCUUGAAGCCCUUGAGUCUGAGGAUCCUCUUGAGGUUGAGGAGUCGUCUGUCACUACCACACCGUAUAUUGCAGCUCCGCCACUUUAUUUGCCGCCUUUAGCAGAUUCAGUUGCUGAAACAUUUGGAGAGUCUGGAAAUAAAUUGCAGCUGAGAAGAAGUGUUUCGUUGCUCAGAAAAAUGUACACCAGUGAUGAUGAGCUCGAUGAAUUGAGUUCACCUUUAACUUUGAUCUUCCUCGAUGGCUCUCGGCCUUCACCACCAGCACUGACAAAGCUCAGCUGGAAAUCAAAGGAUAUGAGCAAGCAGAAUUCCAUCAGAUACGAGCUACUAAGGGACAUAUGGAUGAACAGUGAGUAACCAUGUAAAUUCACCAAAAGUAUAUACAAGUAGAUGAUGAUGCUUCUCCUUAAAUCUAUCUUGUGGUGUAUAUUAGCACUCAGAUUUUGGCUGUUUUUUAGUUAGUGUACAAAUGGAAAGGCCAUUAUUGUAGCUUUAGUGAAUGACUAGACUUUUUUAUAUAGAUGGAGAGUGUCUGUAUUCUGAAUACCUUAAGAGAAAAGUGACUAUUUUAAUAAUAAUGUCCACGACCUGUUGUCUUCCUUGAA